AGAGGAGGAAGAGGAAGAGGACGAGGAAGAAGAGAGGAGCAUAGGUAGCAGUGGCAGCAUCGAGGCACCCGAGGUGUCGAACUGUUUGACAGGCGGUCGAACGCUUUUCUUUCUCUCUCACACUAUCGUCUGCGGUGACGCGAUUCGUAUUGUUCGACGACAACGGCGGCGGUGUGGUGUGCCGUACACGAGAGGUCUGUCCGCCGUUCGAAGAGGAAAAACGAACGUGAAAACAACCGGGAGUGGUGUGUAUUCAGUGCCGGCUGAAUCGGCGUCCGCGCCCCGACGCCGCAGUUGACGUACGACGAUUCACUGGAUUUCCUAACAACGCCUCCACGGUAUUCAACGGAUCGCCUCCAAGAUAGCCUCGACUACUGGAUAGUGCGUGGAAAACAGUGUGUGCAGUUCAAUUUCUCGUUCGAGUUGUCGGUGUACCACGGGGUUAACGGUGAAUCUCUCGGAGGUGACGCGCCGUGCCGAGGGUACCUUGGAGACGGUGGAGAGUUUCGGUGUAGGGUACGGCCAGGGAGCAGGCACGAGCACAGGCGACUGGAUGAAACCACCGCGGGAUCUUUUUCUUUAUUGCGACAUGAAGGAUUUGGGGCCCGACAUGCUCGCUCCCUCGGCAAAAAAGCUCUGGGGCGUGGACGAGGGUGGCUCCAAGGACGAAGGGGGUGUAAAAGGUGGUGGGAUACUUCACCUGGGCGACCACCAGAUGUGGCGAGAUUCUACCUGGAGCACCUCAGAUCAUGCCGUUUCACAACCAAUAUCCAUGGGCACAGGUAGACGUGUGGGUGUUGGGACUGGUUAUCACCAUCAAACAUCUGAAGUUGGGACAGUCCUCAGCCCUAGAAGCAGCGAAACUGGCGGUCUGGGGGUUAAAAUGGUCGAGUACGUCCUUGGAUCAAGUCCUACGACACCUAAAGAUUUGGAACCCAGAAUGGUUUCUUUGAGAUUGAACACCGAUUCAGAUAAGAAGGAAAAAGAGAAGGGCUCGGCAAGUCCUUUCGACAGUUCUAAAGACGAUACAGGACCACAGAACAACGGAUUAGCGUCUCAAAAUGGUCUCGACGACGACAAAGGAUUCAAUCGUACGCCAGGUAGUCGUCAACCCUCGCCAGGCGAAGAAGAGUUCCAAAAGAAUGCAGCAGCGACCCUGGCUGUGAGCGCUGGCGGUGGCGGGGUCGUGCUGCUAAAACCCGGGGUCGACGUGGUCGGAAGCGAGGAACAUUUCAUGGCUGCUUUCGCCCCGGCGCCGCCUCAUCAUUUGCAACAUCAUCAGGCACCACCAACGCAUCAUCUUCAGCAUCCGCAUUCUCAUGCCGCCCAGCUCUUUGGUGCACAGGCACCUCCGCCCCCGCAGGGUCCUCCGCCAUCGCAGCAACAGCAACAGCAACAGGGACCCCCUCAGCCUCAAGACACAACCACUCACUUUGAUGUACAGCAACUGUUUCGUAGUCAGCCGCAAGGUGCGACGCCACAGCAACUACAGUUGCUACAACAGCAGCAGCAGCAACAGCAACAACAAUACUUGGCCGCAUCGCAGGCUCAACAGCAACAGCAGCAGCAACAGCAACAAAACUUUCCCACGGCACCUUAUACCGUGAUCAGCGGGCAAGAACCAUACGUCGGUGCAUUGAUAGCUGGAGCACCACCUCCAGUGGUACCACAGUAUUAUGGAGUCGCGCCAUGGGUUUAUCCAGCCGGAUUGUUGCCCCAAGCACCACCUCAGGCUGCGGCUCCACCGCCACCCAGGCGACCACUGACACCAUCCUCGGCUGCUGCGGCAGCAGCCGCCGCCCAAGACACUGCAAAUAAUUUGGCACAGACGGUUCAAGGCCAAUAUCAGGUGAUACCAGCGUAUUACGAUCAAAAUGGUUCCAUAGUGAUGGGAGGGGUGCGUGGUCUGAGCUCCGCAGCAACCCCCAUGAGAUUAGUCAGUCCAGCGCCAGUUUUGGUAAACAGAGCUCCGUCACAACCACCACCGGGACCACCGGCUCCUCCACCACCGAGUCUUUAUUCACAGCCGACACCUACGUCCCAUAGUAAUGCGACACCCGGCGAAUGUUUGGGUCUGGCGGCGUGCAGUGCUGCAGCGGUGGUAGCUGCACAAGCUCAAGCGGUCGCGGUGCAGCAGGCUCAGCAACAAGGAUCAGGACUAGCCGCGGGUUUAGCGGCUCUAGGAUACGGAGGCUCUCCUCUGGGAGCACUGGGAUCACCUGCUCAGCUUCAGAGCACAGGUCUUGGUCUUGGAGCUUCGUCGACUGCCCGAAGAGACUCGUUUGAUAGAAACACCUCGGCUUUCAGUCCCAGUUUGGAAUACAGCCGGGCUAAGUGGCCUCAAAGUUACGGAGCUCUUGGGACGGUAACGGCAUCACCGAGCCCAUUAGGAUUAUCCUUAACACCACCUCCAACUUUGGGAGGGUCUUUAGGCGGAUUGGUCGGCGGGGCUAGUCGCGUGUCUGCUGCUCCUGGCGCCGAAGCCAAAUUCCGUGCCAGCGCAGUUCCAGCUCUAACAGCUAAUGGAGUUUUUGGCUCUAGUAGUUCUCUUUUCCCUAACCUGGUAGGGAAACCUGGCCGCGGUGGUACAACUAGCAUCGGCGACAAAAAUGCCGGAGGACGAUCGCGUUUAUUGGAAGAUUUCAGAAAUAACCGAUUCCCGAGUCUUCAGCUACGCGAUUUGACCAAUCACAUAGUCGAGUUCAGCCAAGAUCAGCAUGGCUCUCGUUUCAUUCAGCAGAAAUUAGAACGUGCUUCAGCCAGCGAGAAGCAACUCGUGUUUCAAGAGAUUCUCACAUCUGCUUAUUCAUUGAUGACAGACGUAUUUGGGAAUUACGUUAUUCAAAAAUUCUUCGAGUUUGGCACACCGGAACAAAAGUCUACUCUGGCUCAAAAAGUGCGAGGACACGUACUGCCUUUGGCACUGCAGAUGUACGGCUGUAGAGUGAUUCAGAAGGCUCUCGAAUCGAUCGGACCUGAACAGCAACAAGAGAUUGUACGAGAACUGGAUGGGCACGUUUUGAAAUGCGUUAAAGAUCAGAAUGGUAAUCACGUCGUGCAAAAAUGCAUCGAGUGUGUUGAACCACGAGCAUUGCAAUUCGUCAUCGGAGCAUUCGCUGGACAAGUUUACUCGUUGAGCACUCAUCCUUACGGUUGUAGAGUGAUCCAACGUAUUUUAGAACAUUGCACUCCUGAACAAACUCAGGGCAUCCUUCAGGAGCUACAUGCUGCCACUGAUCAACUCAUUCAGGAUCAGUAUGGCAAUUACGUUAUCCAGCAUGUACUUGAACACGGAAAACCGGAGGACAAGACACAAUUAAUCAGCAGCGUUAGGGGUAAAGUACUUACACUUUCUCAACACAAAUUCGCAAGCAAUGUUGUUGAAAAAUGUGUAACUCAUGCUACGAGACAAGAACGUGCUGUACUCAUUGAAGAAGUAUGCGGCUUUAACGAUAACGCACUAAACGUAAUGAUGAAGGAUCAGUAUGCCAACUACGUGGUGCAAAAGAUGAUCGACGUGGCGGAACCAGCCCAGCGUAAAGUAUUGAUGCACAAGAUCCGCCCACAUUUAGGUAGCUUGCGCAAGUACACCUAUGGCAAGCACAUCAUUGUCAAACUAGAGAAGUUCUUCAUGAAAACCGCGUCCGCGAUGGGAGUGACAACACCUGCUGGUGCUUCAAGCGGUGGAGGCGAUCUUGGUCCGAUCGGACCGCCUGCUUCUGCUGCUGGUCCCGUUUCUACGCCAGCUCAGCAGCCAACGCAGGUUUUGUAAAAUGCGUACGAUUUUCGUGGAAAGUAACAACUUCAAAGAUGAUCGUACGAUUUAAAAAAAGAAAAAAAAUCAAGCAAACGCGUAUCAAGACCUACGUAAUAUUUAUUGCAACGUAUCUAUCACCAUUAAUUUAAUAGACGAAGAAGAAAAAAAGAGGAUGCAUUUUAGCGUGCCGUAUGUAUCUCGUUGUCCCUUCUUCGAGAUCGUGAAACCGAAAGGAAGGAAGUAAACCAAAUUUCAGAUAAAAGGGGAAAGAACUAUUAAAAAAUGGAAGAAACGAUUUUUCUUAUUUUUGCAAAACUGUGAACAAAAGGGAAACCGGCGAUUUGUAUAGAAAACGUAACAAAGAAGAGGGACAACGCGAGAUCACGGUGUGAGGAAAGCAAACAAAAAAAAAAAAUAUUUCAAGGUCAAAUGUGUGUCGGAAAAAUCAAUUUUUGUAGAAAUAACGUUAGAGGUGCAGUGGCAUUUUUUUUCUAUUAGUAAUCGUCUAACGUGCUGCCGAGUUAAUAUACUACUGAUAGUGAUUCGUAUUGAAAAUAACGCAAAGAAAGUUGCACCACGAUAUUAACACUUCGAAAACCAACGUUCCUUCGUUAAGGUUGGGACGAGCUUUUUAAGCAGUUGUAAAAGAAACUGUAGUGCUGAGAUGGCUAAUUGUCUUUUAACGUCAUUCAUUUGAUCGAUAAGUUUUCAGCCGCAUUUCCUGUACUCGCUAACAGAGACAUCUUUUGAAAUUUCUCAAAUAGACCAACCCUUCUCUAUCCGAUUCUAAUUAUCCUUGUACUUAAAACAUCUGUCAUAAUCUUUUUACAGAUAUUUGUAGGUGCAAGAACAAUUAGAAUCAAACUAGAGGAUUAAGAAGGAGAAACGGAGAACGCAAUGACUCUAUAUAAUUUUAGAAGAUUUGUUUAGCAGCAAGUACACGAAAUGCCACGGUACCAUUUUCUUUUCUCCUGCCAUUUUUAACAUGGUCUCUAAUCCUCCUACACAUUUUCCUUAUUGUAAAAUACGAAACAUUCAUUUUUGACAAAAGAGACGCUCUAAAAGAAAGAAAUCGUUUAUAUUCGGGUUCAUCUAAAUUAUCCGCCCCUUCUCGAUCAAACCGUAUAUAUAUAUAUAAUAACCAAACACCCCUCCUUUUCUCAUUUUAAAUAAUCAUAGACCACACAUGGUGAUUAUUUAAACAUAACCCAUUGUAUAUUGUAUAAAUGAUAACGUGUUCUUUGGAGGAUAGAGAAACUCGAAGAACACGUAUGUAUCUAUAUAUCUUUUUCGCGUCAUUUUUCCACUCUGACCUUUUACACGUUCACGCAUUAAGAAACGUAUACACACGUACACGCAUACACACGCAUUGAGUAUUUCGAUUGUAUUUAUAAUACCGAUCACGUAAGACGGUUGGAAAGAGCACCUCUCAGCUGUUUUCAAUAACACUGCACUUGUAUCUUUUGUCGGAAUUCCGAAAAGCUAUGGCAAGAGAAAGGACACGCAUCCCUUGUUUCCUCGAAUCUUUUUCUUCUUUUCUUUUUUUUUAAUUUUCACUUUAGUUUGCUUUCGGUUAGCUUCGUUCAUAUCGUGCAUGCAUCGUUAUUUUUCUUUUUUUUUUUUUAACGUUCCUAAUUUCCCGUCUGUAAUUAUAUGUAUCUGUACGCACGAUGAAACCGCGUUAUCGAUUCCAUCGUGUCUCCGAAAGACGCUCUUCUUUUUUUUUCAAAUGUUUCAUCGUAAACAAUCUUUUUCUUUUCUUUUGUUCUUUUAAUCCUUUUCAGGCAACGUUUAUACGUUUCCUGGUAAAUAGGAUUUUGUGUUCGUUCAAGACGUAUCCUUUGAGGGGAAAGAAAGAAACAAAAAGAGAGAGGUUGAGGUCACAAAGAGAGAAGGCAGUGUUUCGUUGUUGGAAUUAUUUCCAUUGCGAAGAAUUCUGAGAACGAAGCAAGAACAGCAGCGUUUUCGAAGCAGAACGUUACAUCGAAAUUGCUUCACGAGUUGUGUGUGUAUAUAUAUAUUAAUAAUUAUUCUUUGUCGAGACGUUCCCUCGAUGAUUGUACAAAAUCUCGCCAAGUUUUUUAAAUUCGACGCUCGUACGCGCGACACAUUUUCUCUCAAUUUGUGUUUCAAAUACAGACACAAAAAAAAACACACACACACAUUAAGUACUGAAAUCCAGAGAAAGUAGUUGGUUGCGUGUUGCCAGAUUCUCGUAUGACCGAAUAGGUAAUGAUAAGAUCGAAUUGUAUUUUAACCGUGUACAAUGUAUAAUAUUUUGUUAACUUAGGUGUUAAAUAUGUAGAAUUCUAAACAAACAAAGAAACAAACAAAGAGAGGAACGAGAAAAGAAAAGAAAGAAAGGGACAGCCGUAAAUGCAACACGAGGUCCUCACGUUGCGCGCGAUUUUGUACAAACAAACGAAUAAAAAGAAAGAAGGAAGGCAAAAAACGAGCAAAAAAGGAAAAAGAAGAGGAAGAACAUAUAUAUUAUAGCAGAUUUCUUUGUAAGAUAUUGUAAAUAACGAUUUAUUAACGAAAUUGACAAAUUCUUAGGUAAUCCUUUCUCUCUUUCUCUUUCUUUUUCUCGCGGGGAUUAUUUGCCGUUAGUGACGCGACCGAGUUACAACUAGGAACAAUAAUGAAAACUAAAGAUAAAGAAAUGUUUAUGAGGGAAAAAUGCGUAAAACGCAAUUUCUAUCGGGUUUCAAGGAAUUUUUUUUUUUUUUUUUUUUUUUAAUUUUUCUCAAUCGUACCCGACUUGAUUGUUUGAUAAAUUAAGUACUGGUACUCGUGGAGAUACGAUGAUAACGUAUGCGGUUGACUAUUUAUUUCCUCGUCCACAUGGAUUCGAUCUUGAAUUUAUAGGAAAUCGCUGAGAGGAGGCUGCUCAUUUUUUUUUUUGGAGCCGUGAAAACAGGGGAAAAAAAAGAAAGAAGGAAAGAGUCGAUAUGUAUGAUAUAACGAGUGAUUAACGCAAGGAAGGAAGAAAGAAAGAAAGAAAGAAAUUCAAUAUAAAUACAGACAGAGACAUUCCAACCGCCACCUUUUUUUUCACACUCCCUCCCCCUCAGUCGACAGGAUAUAUAUACUCGCUGUUAAAAAACCGCGGAUUACGUGAAUAUACCACGUUGUUUAACUGAUAUUUAAAUAAUAAGGAACGAUGAUAGUGUUCCAUUCAUCUCUGUAAAUUGCGCGCAUCAUUUGUAAAUUAAACGUCGGAAUUAAACCAUCCCCCUCAUUUUUGUAAUAGAAAGCAUCGAUAUAUCACCCCUGUCGAGUUUAGCAAGGUUUAACAUUGAUAUGGAAAUGAAGAAAAAAAAAGAAAAAAAAAA